GUCCUACGGGCUGCAGGGGGCGCUGUGCGCGCCCUCGGGCGCGGCCGCCAGGCGCAGCUCUUUUUUAAAGGGCCCCCGGGGCACGUGGCUCAGGACGCAGCUCGCGGCCGCCCGGCAGGAGCUCCGGGGCUGGGCGGCUCCCGCUCCGCCGCCGCUGCCCGCGCCAGGCCCCCCAGGCCGGCCCGAGGAGCGCAGCCCAGCGAGGACGCGGGCCGCCAUGGCCGAAGCGGCGCCCGCGCGGGUUCCAGAGAGGGACAAGCCAGUAGAGGACCAGAGGCCUCCAACACCUCCAUCGCCCCAGCUAGCUGCUGAGAAGAACUCGUACCUCUACUCCACAGAGAUCACGCUGUGGACCGUGGUGGCUGCCAUUCAGGCCUUGGAGAAGAAGGUGGAUUCCUGCCUGGCCCGAUUGCUGGCUCUGGAGGGACGCACCGGGGCAGCCGAGAAGAAGCUGGCUGACUGCGAGAAGACGACCGUGGAGUUUGGCAACCAGCUGGAGGGCAAGUGGGCCGUGCUGGGGACCCUGCUGCAGGAGUACGGGCUGCUGCAGCGGCGGCUGGAGAAUGUGGAGAACCUGCUGCGCAACAGGAACUUCUGGAUCCUGCGGCUGCCACCUGGCAGCAAGGGGGAGGUCCCUAAGGUGCCCGUGACCUUUGAUGAUGUGGCCGUGUACUUCUCCCAGCCCGAGUGGGGCAAGCUGGAGGACUGGCAGAAGGAGCUCUACAAGCACGUGAUGAGGGGCAACUACGAGACGCUGGUCUCCCUGGAUUAUGCCAUCUCCAAACCCGACAUCCUCACCAGGAUAGAGAGGGGAGAGGAGCCUUGUCCUGAAGACCAGCAAGGCAAGGAGAAGGGGAGUGAGGAGGAGGCAGCACGUCCGAGGAGGCUGGAUGCUGGUCUCCCUCCAUAUCCAGAGCAGGUCCCCAGUCCCGUCAGCCAUGCCCAGGAGGAGCCAAAAGAAGGGCAGGCCCCUCAACAUCAGCAAGACGAAGAAGCACGAGUGACCCCACCCAGGGUGGGCACUGGGUCUCCAGCAACCACCAGCAUUUUGUCCUCAGUUAAACAGGAGGGAGAAUCUUCAGAGGGGGAGUCACCAGCUUCCCCUCCCAGGGACAUCAUGUCCAGUCUGGGGCCAGGUGGUGGUGGCAUGGCCCUCAAGACAGAAGCUCAGUCCGAGGAAGAGAUGAUGCCUGAGCAGCUCCUCCUGGGGUCUCCAAGCCGGACCAAGUGUAGAAUACCCAAAGGGCACAGGAAUAGGACUGGAGGCCCUAGGCGGCAUCAUGCCCAGGGGAUGCCAAGGGUGCGGGCAGGGGAGCCCCGGCCACCAGGAGCCAUUGGGGAGACACCCCGUGUCCUCCCUCGCCGGCGGGAACGGACCUUCCCCUGUCCUGACUGUGGGCAGAGCUUCCGCUUGAAGAUUAACUUGACCAUCCAUCAACGGACUCACGUGGAAGAGGAGCAGAGGGAAGCUCUGGGUGGCUCACCCACCGGGUGGGGGGAUGACCACUCCACACUGGAGCCCGGGGAAGUGGUAGUGCCUGGCCCUGUCAUCCGCUGGCUCCCUGAGGAUCGCGGGGGGCCCCGCUCCCUGGCAGGCCAUACCUUCCUGGGGCGGAGGCCAGCAGCCACCAAGGUUUACCACUGCAGUGAGUGCCUGAGGUUUUUCCAGCAGCGGAAGAGCCUGCUGCUUCACCAGCGCCUGCACACGGGCCACAAUCAGGGCUGGCCUGCCUGUCCCUAUUGUGGCAAGGCCUUCCGCCGGCCCUCGGACCUCUUCCGUCACCAGCGCAUCCACACUGGCGAGCGGCCCUACCAAUGCCCCCAGUGUGGCCGGGCCUUCAACCGAAACCACCACCUGGCUGUGCACAUGCAGACUCAUGCCCGGCAUCGGGGGGGCCUGCAUUUCCCUGUGCCCUCCACAGGCCAGGGGUGCUCACCCCCGCAGGGUCACAGCCAUGCAGAGGAGGGCUGACCAGGCAGGAGCCUGCCAGGGCACCCUCUGGCCCACCUGCAUCCCUGGCAGGACCUGUGCUCUGUCUCUUGGGACCUUUCCUUGUGCCUGAUGCUGGUCCCUUAUUCUGGGAUGACUUGGAGAGAGUUGUUUUUUCCCCUUAUUCAUGUGGAAAGCAGUGGCCCUUUUGAUGACAGCAUAUAUGUGUGACAAAGUGCCUCUGUUUUCUCUUUCCUAAGUGUGUCACUCUUAGCUGUUUUUUCUACAUUCCUGACUUGCAAAAGAUCCCUGAAGACUUAAGGAACACCAGUUUUUGGUGUGGCUUUUGACUGGUGCUAUAGUCAAGAUGAUCAGAGAUUGUGGUCCUUUCAGGACGGGCCAUAGAGACCUCGGGCACUGGACUGACUGCACAGAGAUCUGUCUGUGGUCCACUUGAGAAACGGCAGAGAGGACAGAAGACCCAACGCUGGAAAUUUGCAUUUUGUACUUUUGUUACCUUGAGACUUUUUUCCCUUUGUAUGGAGACUUUCUAGUGCUUUUGUAAGUGUUGUGUGUAGUUGCAAAGAGGACCAAGAACUCCUGAGGGCCGGAAGUCUUCUGCCACCUUCUGUGUGGGGCUGGCAGGGCAGGAAGAGGUGCUCAGUCUGGACCUAUGGGCUUUGAUGGGGAAGGUUUGGCUGCUGUCCUAGAAGCCAAGCUUCUCUCCAGGUAUGUUUCUCAGCUCAGGGUGACUCCCAGUGUUUGGAGUCUCCCUUACAGAGCAGUCUUAUCUGCUGUUUACUUUUGCUAUCAGUCAAGAGGAGAAAGGAAGCCAGGAGUGGAUGGUCUCCCCGCUAAGGUCUCAGAAUUCAUGGGUGUGCAUGACCCAUUGACUGGACCCCAGAAGAUGCCUUGAGGUGCUGCAGAGUGAGCCCAAGAAGACCUUCCCCAAGGGAAGACUGACAGAAACUGGGUAGCCUGGCAGGACUUGUCUCCACGACUCCUUUCUCCUGGUAAAGAAUCUGGGCUCUGGGGCUGAGUUGGGUUAGGAGGUUGGGAAGCCUUCAGCCAACUCUAGGCUCACAUUCCUUGUGUGUCAGAGGGUGACAGCUCCAGUGCAUCACCCCACCUUGGAGCUGUUGGCCUGAAUUUAGAGACUGAACAAGUAAGAAGCUUGGUGGUGGUCUUAGUUUCAAGUUUAGGGCCUCCUUUUUCUUCAGUGAUUUCCUGCAGUUCCCUCAGGCAGAACCCCCCAGGAAGGACCCCUCUUUUCUGGAGAGUGAAGGUUCCAGUUAGAGAUUAGACCAUCCCACUAGGCUGGUGAUCUGGGCACCCUUUUCCCAAAGCAUCGGUUCACACUGAGCGCGUUCAGAUGAUAGUGUCAAGCUGCACAGAGAAGUGGUGAAGACGCCUGGUUUCUCAUACUCGGUCACACCACCUUGGGUGCUGGGGUCCUGGCUGUGCCAUUUCCUGCUGCCCUCACUCCCUUUCCAAAGUCCUGAACAGAGCUGGGAUCGGAUAGUAACGUUGCUGUCAUCCUUAGGGCGAGGGAAGGAAAAGAGUUUGACAGGUUAGUCAGGAUCCUGAAGAGGCACCAGCCGUCUCUGCGUGUGGUUCCUGCUUGUCUGGACCCCAGCCCCAGAGGCAGCUGUCAGCAAGCACACAGGCUGUGAUGCAAGUGUAGCUGCGCAGAGCUUAACCCUCAGCUACAAGAGCUCAUCUCAGGUAUUCUGGUGAUACCUCAGAGCUCAGUUUUGCUCAGUCCUAGGCCUGCUUUAUAAGUGCUAAAUGCCCUCCGUAAAUGCAGGCGCUCACUUGCAAGGCACAGGUGUCUUUCCCAUAUUUUCAAAGCAUUCAGUGCUCAACUCUGGGCUAGGCGUAUUGGGUUUGCCCUGUCACUCAGGAGGACGUGUUCAAAGAAUGCUCCUUAGGUUGCAGCAGCCCAACCGUGCCCCACAACCGGGAGGUGGAGCCUUGGUUGGGUCCUAGACUCCCAGCUCUGGACCUCAACGUCCUCAUUUGUAAAAGAAGUGGUUGGGCCGCGAAGACUCCUUACAAACUGUGAAGGUGGCAGUCUCUUGCUUUAGUCGGUGCUUAAUAAACAUG